ACGAGCACAUGCUCUCCAAACUAAUCCAUCAAUCAUGAGCCUACACACUACAUUAUAUUGCAGAACGGCUGCAGGUUUCUCCAAACCUAGUCCUCUCUUUCCAAGUCUCUUGCUUUUCUGAAACCAUUUGCGUUUCUUGGAUUCACUCUGGUAGCUCUCCAUUCUGUUUAUCCAGUUUCUUGUUACAUUUUACAUUCCCCUCACAUUUUGCCUGUCUAGUUGAGAAUACUCAGUCUUUGAUGCCACAGAAAUCACUCCACUCCCACUCUCUGCUUGCGAAUCUUUAGAACCCUGCUUAAACAUACAUCAAACUUAUAUUCUUGUGACUGCAGGUUAGGCCUUCAUCUCUAGCUCCACAGUGUGUACAAACACUGAAGGUGAAUUACAUUAAAGGUACUGAGGAAACCAGAAACAGAAAACACACACACACAAGUAUCCAUCACCAUGGGUUCCUGUACUUCCAAGGCUGCUCUAGAGCAUAGGAGGCCAGCGAGAUAUUACACCAGAGGACGAAGAGUCCGCAGCCGUACCCGGUCCGUCAUGCCAGAGGCACCCCAGUCACAGCAGUUGAGCGAUUCGAGAGGACGCAUGACCGGCUUCUCGAUGAGCGAGAUUGUUCAUGUCGAGACUGCAAACCGUGGCAAGUCAGAGCUUUCCAAGACAUUCCACCUUACGCAGAUGCAGUGGCACCACAGCCAGAGGGACUGCAAAGGUUGCAGCAACGAAGAUGCCUGGUUUGACUCUGUCAGCAUUCUUGAAGAUGAUUCUGAUGAUGAAUUCAAGAGUGUAGAUGGAGAUAGUUCGGCAUCCUCGGACGAAGAUGAGGACCAAAAUAAUCAAUAUGAGAGCGCUUCCCGUUUUGCCGACACACUCUCUCGUAUUGGUGAGAUAUGCCGUGGUGUGCCUAUGACAUCAUCUAUUGAACAGUACCUGAAAAGAGACAAAGGUGAUGAUCCUGGACAUAGGAGCCAAAACUUGUCCGUGUGUGCCACCAAGUGCUUACCGACCUCCUUUAGCUUCAAGGGCUUGAAGGAUAAAAAUGAUACAGAUGAUGACAACAAGGAGAGCCCCACCCCAUCCCGCUUACGGAAGCUGCUGCACUCUAUCAGCUUCAAUGACAAGAUGCAGCAGUUGACUGGUGGAAGCCCAACAACAAAAAAGUCAACAGUGAUCCGGCUCUCAUACAAGACAUCAUGCGAUGACUAUGAAGACAGCAGUGAACCGGGUAAAUCUAAGAAAUAUGUUGUCCGUCCAAAGGUAGGGCAAACAAUCCCAUGUGGAGGUGAGAAGCCGACAACAGGAUGUUGGUCACGGAUUGAUCCAUCCCUCUUCAAGUUGAGGAGUGAGACCUUCCUGAAAGAUAAGAAGAAAUGUGCUGCUCCAAAUUAUGCUGCUUAUUAUCCAAUAGGGGUGGACUUGUUUGCCUGCACCAAAAAGGUUCAUCACAUUGCUCAGCACCUUGAUCUUCCACAGAUCCGAACACAUCCCAAGCUCCCGUCACUUUUGAUUGUGAACAUCCAGAUGCCUACCUACCCUGCUGCUAUGUUCCUUGGUGACAGCGACGGAGAAGGCUUUAGCCUCGUCUUGUACUUCAGGAUAUCUGAAUACUAUGAGAAGGAGGUUUCGGAUCAUUUCAAGGAUUCUAUCAUGAAAUUUUUUGAGAAUGAAUCUGAGAAGGUAAAAGGGUUUACGUCAGAAUCUACCACCAUGUACAGAGAUCGAUUGAAAAUCAUGGCUGGAUUGGUCAACCCAGAUGACCUCCAGUUGGGUUCCACGGAGAAGAAGCUUGUCCAAGCAUACAAUGAGAAGCCAGUCCUCUCACGGCCCCAACAUAAUUUCUAUGAGGGAGAGAACUACUUUGAGGUAGACCUUGAUAUACACCGGUUCAGCUACAUUGCUAGGAAGGGAUUAGAUUCAUUUAGAGAACGCCUAAAGAAUGGCAUCCUCGAUUUGGGUUUGACAAUUCAGGCCCAGAAGCAAGAGGAGCUCCCUGAGCAGGUCCUCUGCUGUGUUAGGCUGAACAAGAUUGAAUUUGUUAACCACGGGCAAGUUCCAACAAUAGUCACAGUUGAUGACAAGUGACACAUUUGAUCAAAGUGAUUGCAUGUACGAGCUAUUGGAAGGCUAGACCCAUUCAAUCAAUGAGAAAAGAAUGAGGAAAAAAAACUGAUGACCCCACAACUUAGUUUCUGCUUAAAAUGCUGGCCCUUCUGCCUACAUGUAAGCACGAAAACUUUUCUGUAAUCGUAAUAAUGUAUAUACAUGCUGAUACGACCCUUCAGGUGUUGGUCACGAUCUAACUUUUCCACUCGAGUUGCCCGCUGCAAUA